CGAUGAGCGACACAAUCCAGCUUCUGCUCACCGUGGCCUUGUUCCUGAACGACGGGUUGAUGCUGGAUGCACAGUCGCUGUUUCAGAGCUGCUCAGUGCAUAACGUUGGUGAAUGGUGCUAUUCGGGCGGGCUAGGUGCAGGCGGGUCCGUCUAAGUGGACGUGCAGCCGCGAAAGCCAAUUUCGUUGCUAACAUCCCUGCCUGGCGAACCCCUACCUAGCAACAGCCCUCACCUUAAAGUUCUCCCAUUCCUUGAUCGUCUGAGAUUUUCUAUCCUUCUUUCCUCCUCACCGCCCUUCACAUCCUUAACAAGGUCGUGCCUGCUUGUCUGCCGCUGCACUUUGCGAGCGUAGAACUUUCCCUUUCCGUACAUCUUGUAAUACCCCAAACAUUGAGCUUGCCUCGACAACACUCCUCUUUUCGAACCCACUUACCCCCCACACAAACACUUCUGCUCCCAAAACAAACAGCAAUACACAACAUGUCUGCCCCCGUCGACGCCCCCAAGCCGGUUGAGGUCCCCGAGGUUGGCACUGCUGGCACCGUUGAGCCUGCGCCAGCACCAGUUGUCGCUACCGAGCCUGUUGUCGCAGCGCCAGUAGUAGAGGAGGCGCCAAAGACGGAGGAGGUGCCCAAGACUGAGGGCGAAGCUGCGGCCGCAGCGCCAGUUGAGGAGGUCAAGGAGGAGAAGGUGGUUGAACCCAUCUACAGCGGUGCGCUUGGCUACAAGGCACCCGGUCUGAAGAACGCUUUCCGCUUCGCCAAGAAGUACUUCUGGUUCGGCGAGGAGCCAGUUGCCGCUGACAACCUGAGGGAGUACCUCCGUGGCGAGAAGCCCGAGGUUGCCCACCCCGUUGCCGCGUGGUCCAGCCAGACCGGAAAGGGUCUUCUUUUCUUCGUUAAGCACGCUGACCAGAAGGAGCACCCAGCCGGUGUGCUCAACUUGGCCUAUGCCACUGACCUCGCCAAGGACGGCGCUGUCGCUUUCGCGUUCAAGAUCUCUGGCCACAAGCACACCUUCGAGGCCACCACCGCUGCCGAGCGCGAUGGAUGGUUCGUCGCCGUUGAGAAGGCCAUCACCGAGGCCAAGGCCUCCAAGGACACGAUCGAGUCGAGCGAGGGCUACAAGGAGAACAAGGAGAAGAUUGGCAAGCCCACCGCGCUAGCGGGAGCUACAUCCUCCGCCCCCAAGAAGAGCAUGGACGCUACCCCCAAGCUCGCCGAGGGUGAGACCGCCGCCGCUGGCGAGCCCGUCGCUGCUCGUGCUGGAUCUUCCUCCAGCUCCUCUUCCGACGAGGAGAAGCGCAAGAAGGCUGCUAAGAGCAAGUCUCGCUCUGUCUCCCGUGGCAAGCGCGCCAGCCUCUUCGGCGGCCUGCUCGGAAAGAAGGACAAGGAGCCCAAGGAGGAGACCGACGCCGUCAAGACCGAGCCUGAGGUCAAGACUGAGGAGCCUGCUGCUGUUCCUGCCGUCGUUCCCCACCUUGACGAGAUUCCUGCCACCACUCCCGUCAACGCCAACGAUGUUACUCACCCCGCUGAGACCACAACCGAGCCCACUGCUGCCGUUGUUGCUGCCCCUACUGAGGAGGCUGUCAAGGUUGACGAGGCUGCUGCUCCCGUAACCCAGGAGAAGCCCAAGCCCCAGAAGCGCGGCUCCAUCUUCGGAUCUUUCGUCGAGAAGCUCAAGUCUCCUACCACCGAGAAGAAGGAGCACGAGGCUGGUCUCGCCGCCACUCCCGUCAAGGAGAACGAGACCAUUCCCGAGGCCUCCAAGCCUCUCGAGGAGGCCCAGGUCGCCGCACCCGUCGUUCCUGAGACCACCACCACUGCCACUGAGCCAGUGGUCAAGCCUGAGGAGGUCAAGGCUGUCUCCACUCCUUCCAAGGAGAAGGACCACUUCAAGUUCGGAAAGUUCUUUGGCUCCAAGGACCGUGCCAAGUCGCCAGCUCCCGAGCCCAAGGUCGACGCUGCCGCUCCUCAGAUUGCGGACACCACCGCUGAUCCCGUUCAGGCUGUCGAGCCUGUCCCUGUCGCUGAGACCAAGGUCGAGGCUACCCCAGAGACUGAGGCUCCCAAGCAAGACAAGCGCAAGUCGUUCUUCGGCAACCUCGGACGCUCCCUGUCCAAGGCCACCGGUAACAAGGCGCCCAAGGACAAGAAGGAGGCUGUCAGUCCCGCUCCCGUCACCGAGGAGGAGACCGCUGCUCCCGUCGUUGAGGAGAAGAAGGAGGAGACCGCUACCCCGGUUGUUGGUGAUGUUCCCGCUGAGGCCAGCGUGGCCGACGCUUCGAAAAGCGCCAACCCGACUGUCGCUACAACUGCGUAAGGUGUGGUGGGAAGAUGUCAGCCUUUGCAACGACAGCCACGACGGAAUGACGGAAAAGCAAAGACAACGUAAAUCCCUUCUUUGACCGCCCGACCAACUCUGAUACCCCCAAAAAUUUGCUUUGGAUCUCGUACAUGGAUUCAGGCGUGUUCAUUUGGAUCAAGUUUCUUCACAUAUCCCCUCUCAUAUUCGAUUUCUCCUUGCAUCUGGACCAACUCUUUGUCACUCUCUUUUGUGGAUGGAUCGCGAUGGUUUAGACUGAUACCACUUUAGCUGUUUCUCUCGUUUUGAUACCACUGGCGGAUCUCGGACGCACCUUGUUUUAUCGCGCAAUACCCCGGAUACCCUCUGCGUACCGCCUUGUUAGAAGGAGUACACAAGCGGCCACUAGGGCACACAUCGACG